AUGACUCGAGGCGAGAGCACGCAGACCAAGAUCCACUACAAGGGCGACGACGACGACUUCCUCGUCUUCGUCGAGGACGUAGAUCAGUACAAGCAGUGGCUGAAGGGCGACACGUCCAUCCCCCUGGCCCAAUUCGUGUCGUCGUUCAAAAUCUUCCUUACACACAGACCACCAAGAUCCCCGAGCGUCGAGGAGCCGCCUACUGACAGGCCGUUUUGUAGACAAGGCGCCCAGGGCACGUACGACGCGGCGCCCAAGAACGUGCUGUACUCGGAGUUCGGCACCGACGACGACGACGAGGUCAUCAAGAAGAUUCUCAAAGGCGGUUCCAUGCAGACCAUGGAGAUGCCCGGCCGACAGGGUGUUACCAACGAGAGCAUGAGCUCCAUGAAGACUCACUGA